GAGGCAACCCUCUUUAGCUGAAUCUUACCUGAAGAGCUCAGGAGCUGAGAGGCUUUAAGAGAGGUUGAAGGGCACAGUUCUGCCUGCUGGUGCUCAUCUUGAAUCUUUUGCGGUGACAUUCUGAGGCAUGUCGCUGGAACCCUGGAAUCCAGGACAUUGGGUGUGAAACUCUUCAUCUGUGGGAUAGAAAUCCUCAACAGAUGAGUUCUCUCUAAGAAGUCCUUGCAGUAAGAAUUAUUAUACCAGCAAUUCACAGUCAUGGUUGUAAUGAGUCAGUUUGAUUCCAACUUUGAGCAAAUGUAGGAAUAAAUACUGUGCCUACUGCCCAUGUAGUCUCUUCCUUCGUACCAAAGUAUUCAAUAUUUCCUUGUUUCUUUCAAGGUGCAAGGGAGGUUUUCUCUGAUUUGGACUGAUGUAACAUUUCUAUAUUGGCACAUACUUGUACAUUAUUUUCCUGUUUUUAAAACGGGCUGGGUUCAGAAAUGACACAAGACACGAGUGAAGGUGGAGGAAACAACUAAAUGGCCAAGUGGUUCUCAGCAGGAAAAAGCAUAUCCAUUUAUUAGGAGAAAUUAAGCCUCUUCUAGCUCUGAUGGGAUUUUGCACAAGGAACAGUUCAGCUCCCUGUAUAUCUUCCCAGAUGUCUAAAACCUGACCACAAUUUUCCAUCACUGGGUUGAUAUCUAACCAUGCAGCGGAGAUCAAGAGGAAUUAAUACUGGACUUAUUCUGCUCCUUUCUCAAAUCUUCCAUGUUGGGGUCAACAAUAUUCCACCUGUCACCCUAGCAACUUUGGCUGUCAACAUCUGGUUCUUCUUGAGUCCUCUGAAGCCACUGUUGGGCUCCUGCCUUAGCGUGGAGACGUGUUACCAGCAGAAAGACUGGCAGCGCCUACUGCUUUCUCCUUUUCACCAUGCAGACGAUUGGCAUUUGUAUUUCAAUAUGGCAUCCAUGCUAUGGAAAGGAAUCAAUCUGGAAAGGAGACUGGGAAGUAAAUGGUUUGCCUAUGUCAUCGUCACAUUCUCGCUACUCACCGGGGUGGUGUACCUGUUGUUGGAAUUUGCUCUUGCAGAAUUUAUGAAUGAACCUGUCUUCAGAAGGAACUGUGCUGUAGGUUUCUCAGGAGUUUUGUUUGCUUUGAAAGUUCUUAACAACCAUUAUUGCCCUGGAGGCUUUGCCAACGUUUUGGGCUUUCCUGUACCCAACAGAUUUGCUUGUUGGGCGGAACUUGUGGCUAUUCAUUUCAUCUCGCCAGGGACUUCUUUCACUGGGCAUCUGGCCGGGAUUCUCGUCGGACUAAUGUACACUCUUGGGCCUCUGAAGAAAAUCAUGGAAAUGUGUGCAGGCAAUUUUCCCUCCCCUGUUCAUUACCCAGGACAGCAGUACUACUUUAAUAGUUCAGGCUACUCCAGAUAUCAGGAUUAUUACCCCCACGGCAUGCCAGGUUACUCUGAAGAAGUACCCAGGGACUAUGACGCAUACACAGCAGGACUGAGUGAAGAGGAACAACUGGAGAGAGCGUUAAGAGCCAGCCUCUGGGACCGAGCCUGCCACCAAGUUCAGCUGGCGGCUGGGUGCAAAGCUGUGUCCUUUUCAACUUCUAUCUGCCAGCCUGGAGCAUGUGUACUGGUUAAAGCUGGAAAUCCUUGCUGACAUGUAGAGUAACUUGUGCUUCUUUUCUUAGACUCUUUCUGAAAGGCAAAUGGCCCCAAUCACACUCUGGCUCUCGUGAAAAUCAGGCAGAUCUGUCACCCCCCCCCCCGCCCCGACACACACACACCAUACAGUUGGGGUUGCUGGUUGGCCAUAUGUGAAACCAUGGUGGGAUAUACUACAAAGGUCUUGGCUUCAGAAUGAAACUGGUUGCUGCUUUGUCUCUGAGUUUCUCGAUGGAAAUUGCCAGGGGAGCCAUUUUGGAGAAAACAAUGUUGGGGUUCCAAAUCAAUAUCUAGUGCUUUUGUGGUUAACAGAUUAUUUGACAAUAUCUUUGAAUCUUGUUUGUAAGCAUCAUGUGUUCAUAGGGACCGUUGAGACACAUUUUAGGUAAAAAAAAAAAAAAAAAAAGACUUGUACAAUUUUUCUUUCUUGCUGAAGCUACACCAAGAUAUAUAAGAGCCUGUUUCUUUAUUGUGUGGACAUGUUUGCAGAAAACAGAUGCAUUAUGUUCAUUCUUUUUAUCUCUCCUGGUGUGGUACAAAGCGAAAAUGAUGGGAAAACACCAGUGGCCUGCAUUUCAGUCCUGGCAUAGUAAUUAACUAGCUUUACAUGAGGUGUGAAUGACUGAAUCUCCUCAGACCUCUGUUUUUAUUUUUAUUUUUUUACAAUAAAGAGGUGAGUUGGGUCCCCUCUUCCUUUUCCAUUAUUCUGUGGUAAUGGACUGAGUAGGAGGAGGGUAGCUGGAGUUUCUGGGAAACUGUCAGGAAUGUUGGUGUUUGACCCAUGGGUGUCAGGGUUUAGGGAUGACACUCACACAGCCAUCCGUGGCAGACCUGAAUCGAUACAGACGUGGCUUAGAUGGUGGUGGCUCAUUCAGUUGCAUGGUUAUAUGAUCCUUCCUUGGCCCAGUGCAGGCAUAAUGCGGUUGGCAGUUUUUAACAUAUGCAAAUGUUCACGGCUGGCCUGCUUGGCUUGGCAGAGGCGUUACGGGCCAGGACAGAGAUGUACAGCUAAUUCUGUG